AAAGAUUAUUGUGAUACAGCAUUGUUAAAUUGAAAAAUUAUUAUUCAGACUUAAAACCUUCAAAGUAAUUCUCAGAAAACUCACGCUUUUCCCCAAAAAAAUCUCAAAGUGAGAAAUAAAUUACCAAGUGCCAUUAAAAACUAAAAGACAAUUGAAAUGGAUAUAAAUGACAAUGACAUAAUAGUAUCUGGCAUAUCAGGUCGUUUCCCAAAUUCAAAUAAUGUCAGUGAAUUUGCCUACAAUUUAUACAACAAAGUGGACAUGACAGAUGAAGACGAAAGUCGCUGGAAGCAUUUUCAUGAAGACGUUCCAAAACGAUUCGGCAAAAUUCGAAAUAUCGAGAAAUUUGAUGCUUCCUUCUUCUCGACAUUGAAUAAGCAUGCUAAUUGGACAGAUCCACAAAUGAGAAUGCUUCUUGAACACGCAUAUGAGUCAAUAUUGGAUGCUGGAAUUUCCCCGCAAUCUCUGAUUGGAAGUAAAACUGGUGUGUUUAUUGGCUGCAGUAUUUCUGAUUCAAAAGAUGCAUUCGUCCAUAGAAUGCCACCAAAAGAUGGAUAUGUGGUUUUGGGAAAUGCUAAUUUUUACCUUUCGAAUCGAAUAUCAUACGCUCUUGGUCUAUGUGGUCCAUCUUUUACUCUCGACACAGCAUGUUCAAGCUCCGCAUAUGCUCUCGAUUGUGCUUUUCGCUAUAUUGAAUCAGGUUUGUGUGACGCAGCAUUAGUUGGAGGUUCUCAACUUAUUCUGAACUGUGGAUUAGCAGCUGAAUAUACAAAGUUAGGAAUUUUGGCAAGCGACGGAGUUUGUCGACCAUUUGAUGAGAACGCAACUGGUUUUUCUCGUGCCGAAACAAUUUGUGUCAUAUUUCUUCAACAACGCAAAGACUCGAAACGUAUUUAUGCUAAUCUGGUUUACAGUAGCUCUAAUAAUGAUGGAUUUAAAAAGGAAGGAGCUUCAUUUCCAUCAAAAAUCAUGCAACAGAAACUGAUUGAAGACUUUUAUAGUAACUUAAAAUUUGAUCCUGAAAAUGUCAAUUUUGUUGAAGCACACUCAACUGGCACUAAACUUGGAGAUCCAGAAGAAGUUCAAGCUAUUGAUGCAGUAUUUUGUAAAAAUAAUAAUCGAUCUCAAGAAUUAGUUAUUGGAAGUGUAAAAUCAAAUAUGGGACAUGCAGAAGCAGCUUCAGGAAUGGCAUCAAUUGCUAAGAUUUUACUUUCCCUUGACAGUCAGAAAUUUCCACCAAACAUAAACUUGAAAUCUCCUCGAUCUGAUGUUGCUGCAUUUUCUGAGGGACGAAUUAAAGUCGCAACAGAAGUUGAGGAACUGAUCGGAGGUUUUAUUGCAAUGAAUUCUUUUGGUCUUGGAGGUGGAAAUGCACAUUCACUUUUCAGAGGAAAUCCAAAAGUCAAAUCAAAUUUUGGUAUUCCUGAUGACGAACUUGGUAGAAUGGUGUUGUGGUCAGGCAGAACAGAAGCUGCAAUAAAUGCAAUUUUUGAUGAUAUCACACAACGUCCACUUGAUGCUGAACAUAUUGCACUUCUUCAGAAUUCUCAAACACAAACAACAAGUGCUAAUACUUAUCGUGGAUAUGGAAUGUUCAUUAAUGACAAAACAGAAGGAAAAGCAGUUUGUGUGAAGCAAAACAUUCAGUAUUUCAAUGGAUCACGACGUCCAGUUGUAUUUGUGUAUAGUGGAAUCGGAAGUCAAUGGCUUGAAAUGGGACGAGAUUUGAUGAAAAUUCCUCUAGUUGCUCAAUCAAUUGAGAAAUGCCAUGGCAUACUGAUGAAUAAAGGAAUCGCCUUGAAGAACAUCCUAACAUCAGCUGACGAGGACACAUUCAGUAAUGUCUUGCAUUCAUAUGUUGGAAUUAUUGCAAUUGAAAUCGCACUUACUGACAUUCUGAAGGAAUUGAAUAUUGUUCCUGAUUACAUCAUUGGACACUCAGUUGGUGAACUAGGUUGUGCAUAUGCUGACAACUGCAUCACUGCUGAAGAGACACUAUUGGCUGCAUAUGCUCGAGGUGAAGCCAGUAGAGAUUCUCAAACUUUUCGAGGUGCAAUGGCAGCCGUAGGAGUGAAUCAUAUAAAAUUAGAAGAAAUGAUACCAGAUGACAUUGAUAUCGCAUGCCAUAAUGGUGAAGACUCAAGCACAAUCAGUGGACCUGCCGACAGUGUUAAUGAAUUUGUUCAAAAACUAAAAGAAGACAAAAUUUUUGCCAAAGAAGUUGCAUGCUCAGGAAUUGCGCUACACAGUCGAUAUAUCACUGAAAUGGGUCAAAAGCUUUAUAAAAAGCUUCAACUAAUAAUAAAAGAUCCAAAAAUGCGUUCAAGAAAAUGGCUUAGUUCAACCUAUCCUGAACACAUGUGGAAUGAAGAUGAAGCUUAUUUCUCAUCAGCUGAGUAUCAUACGAGGAACCUCCUCAAUCCGGUUUUCUUUCAAGAAGUAACUGAGAUGCUUCCAAAAGAUUCUCUAGUAAUUGAGAUAGCACCACAUGGGCUAUUAAAAGCCAUUCUGAAGAGAAACAUAAAGGAAGGUGUGCAUGUAAGCUUAACACAAAGAGAAAGUAAAGAUGGUGUUGAGUUCUUUAUGGAUUCUCUAGGAGGUCUGUUCCAGUAUGGAUUGGAUAUGGACAUAUCAAAAUUGUACCCACCGAUAAGUUUUCCUGUCUCUAGAGGAACUCCGAUGAUUUCACCUGUCAUUAAAUGGAAUCAUGAAGAUGAUCACUUUGUACCACAUUUUGAUACCUAUAACACAUUUGAGAGACGUAAUAUUGUCAUCAACAUAAGCGACAAAAAGUUUGAGUUCAUUCAGGGUCACAUGGUCGAUGGUCGUGUUCUAUUUCCUGCAACUGGUUGGAUCUUUCUGGUUUGGGAAACAUUUUCAAUGAUGAUUGGUGCUCACUACGAGAAGGUCAAGGUGGUUUUUGAUGCCAUUCAUUUUCUCCGUGCUACAUCAUUAACAAAGAAUCAAGAUGUGCUAAUAACAAUAUCAAUCCAUCGUGGAACUGGAAGGUUUGAAAUCAUUGAAGGGAAUUCACCGGUCGUGUAUGGCUACAUUAAGCAAGUUGAUGACAUUGAAAUGUCUGAAAUUACUGUUCUUAGUGAUGAGAAUACUGUAACAUUGAGUGGAGAUGAUUUCUAUAGAGAAAUGCGAUUGAAUGGAUUCUGUCACUUAGGGCCAUUCAAGGGUGUCAAGGAAAUCAGACAUGAUGGAUUAAAGGGAAAAAUAAAGUGGAUAAAAAAUUGGAUUACAUUUUUGGACAGCAUGACUCAUUUUGAAGAAAGACAAUCAAAAUCAAAGAAAUUGGCACUUCCAACAAACAUACGGAAAGUGAUAAUAGAUCCAAUCUUACAUUAUGAAAUGCUUGAAGGCAUUAAAAAGGAAAUGGAUGAGAACAAUAAGCUAGAACAAGGAGAAAGCGAAAAUUCAGAAGAACAAGGCAUUCUUUAUGAUGUUGCUAUAUCUCCUCACCUGAAAAUCAUCAAAUCAGGUGGUGUCGAGUUACAUGAUAAAGUCAACCGUGUAGUCAACAGAAGAAGACCAAAAGAACCAUUUAUUGAGACUCACAACUUCGUUCCAUUCUUUUCAUCAAAAAAAUAUUCAUUAAAUGAUGCAGCUAAAAUCAUCACACAAACUGCUCUCGAGAACAUUUUUCAAGCUAAAUGCACAUCAGUUGAAAUUGAUACAACAAGUGUCGAUGAAAUUCAGCCAUUAAGUGAGCAUUUAUCGAAAGCAUUACGUGGAAUUCCUUUAGUCAUUGCAGACGUCAUUUUGGUCACAGCAAGAGAAAAUUUUAAACUAGAAAAUGUCAAAAUUAGUGCUGAAGAGCUUUCAUCAUUCAACGAUGUUGAUUUGGUUAUUAGAAAUAAUUGUAUAGGUGAUGAAGAGUUCUUUGAAGCUGUCAAAACUGUGAUAAGUGGACAUGGAUACAUAAUUUCGAGAGAAUAUCAAGAAUACUCAGAGAUACCACACGAAAAUGUUCAACUUGUUGCCAAAAUUCACACCAAUGACAAUGAAAUAAUUCACAUGCUGCAAUUUAAAAAUGAAGCUAAGGUUAUUGACCCACAUAAUGUGAUAGAAAUAACGUCAGAUGCCAAAGAAUGGAUAGACAAUCUUAAAGUCUCAUUAUCUGAAGCUCCUACUCUUAUUUAUGCUUAUAAUCGAGACUAUUCAGGAAUUUUGGGAUUCAUAAAUUGUGUUAAACGAGAAUAUCCAGUUGAUCGCCUCAAAUGCUUCUUCAUUAUGGAUACACAGAACGCACCUUCAGUCUUUGAUUUAAACAACAGUUUCUUCAAAUCACAACUAGAACUGAAUCAUGCAGUGAAUGUAUUUAAAGAUGGAAAAUGGGGAAGCUACAGACACUUGGACAUGCCAAUUAUGAAUGAUUUACAUUCACAGCCUCAACAUUGUUAUGUUAAUUGUCUUGUUAAGGGAGACUUAUCAACACUUUCAUGGCUCAACGGUUCACUAGAUGUGAACAAUAAAAAUCUUGACAUAAUUAAAAUUCAUUAUGCAUCGCUUAACUUCAAGGACAUUAUGUUAGCACUAGGGAGAAUUCCUGAUAAUUGUGAUAGUCCAAUGAGUCAGCAGAGCAUUUUAGGAUUUGAAUUUUCAGGCACUAAAAGAAAUGGUGACAAAGUAAUGGGAAUCGGGACAAAAGCUGGUGCCUUAGCCACUUUUUACGAUGCAGAAAACACAAUUUUAUGGAAUGUUCCUGAUACAUGGACAAUGGAAGAAGCAGCAACUGUGCCACUUGUAUACUUUACAGUUUAUUUUGCAUUCUUUAACACAACAACAAUUAAAGCUGGAAAGAAAAUCUUAAUUCAUUCUGGAAGUGGUGGAGUUGGACAAGCAGCAAUUGAAGUUGCAUUUGCUUACGGAGUAGAAGUCUACACAACUGUCAGCAAUGAAGAAAAGAAAAAUUUCUUGUUAAAAAGAUUUCCAAAAUUGAAACCUGAAAAUAUUGGAAAUUCUCGAAACACAACUUUUGAGAAAAUGGUUCUCGAAAAUACAGAAGGCAAAGGAAUUGAUUAUGUCCUGAACUCAUUAUCUGAUGACAAGCUACAAGCAUCAGUUCGAUGUCUCGGAAAAGAUGGUGUGUUUUUAGAGAUCGGAAAGUAUGAUAUUCUUAAGGGAACUAACAUAGAUAUGAGAUAUUUAGCAAAGCGUAUUACAAUGAAGGCUGUUAUAUUUGACGACCUUGCAGACGACUCAGAAGAAAUGAAGUUCAUUUAUAAUUGUGUUGAAGAAGAUCUUAAAGCGGGAGUCAUAAAACCUUUAAGUACAACAAUUUUUGAGGCAAACCAAAUUGAAGAAGCAUUUCGGUUCAUGGCAAAUGGAAAACACAUAGGCAAGGUUCUCCUAAAAGUUAGACAACACGAAGAUGACGAGAGUUCAUUGCCCUUAAUUACCUUGAAUCGAGUUUAUUGUGGCGCCAAUGAGUCUAUUGUUAUUUCGGGUGGCCUUGGAGGUUUUGGAAUGGAAUUAUCUGAAUGGCUAAUAUCAAGAGGCUGCCGUAAACUUGUAUUGAAUUCAAGAAGAGGUGUCAUCAACAUGAAUCAGCAUCUGAAGGUUGAAGUAUGGAGAUACUAUGGAGUAGAAGUAAUUAUAAAUACAUCAGACAUUUCAACAGAACAAGGAUGUGAAGAUUUGAUUAAGCAAGCUUUAGAGCUUGGACCUGUUGGUGCUAUUUUCAAUCUUGCUGCAGUUCUUCGAGACGGAAUUUUCGAGAAUUUAGAUCAACAAAUGUUCAAUGAAUCUAUGGCACCGAAAGCACUUGGAACAAAAUAUUUGGAUAAAGUAUCAAGAAUUCUGUGUCCAACUCUAAAAUAUUUUGUUGUAUUCUCAAGUGUCUCUUGUGGACGUGGUAAUGCUGGUCAAAGUAAUUAUGGAAUGGCUAAUUCAGUCAUGGAAAGAAUAAUUGAAGACAGACAUCGCUAUGGACUUCCUGGAAAAGCUAUCCAAUGGGGUGCAAUUGGUGAUGUAGGAAUGCUUGCUGACUUCCAAUUAGCAAAUAUGGACAAGGAUAUUGGAGGUACAUUACCUCAACCAAUAUCAUCGUGCCUUGAAGUUCUCGAUGUUCUUCUAACGUCAAAAGAUCCAACAGUUUCAAGCACAGUUGUGGCAGAUAAGCUCAUGGAAGAUUAUAGAAAAGGUAAUGUUAUUGACAUAAUUCUCAAUAUUAUGGGAAUUCGUGACAAAAAGUCAAUUUCAAUGGACUCAACUCUAACUCAGUUAGGCAUAGAUUCAUUAAUGGGUGUUGAAAUCCAGCAAAUUCUUGAACGAGAGUUCGAUGUUUCCUUUACUUCACAAGAAUUAAGAUCAUUUACACUUAAUCAACUGGAAAAGCGAAUCUCAUCAAAGAAUUCCGAAGAUUCAAGUGGAAAUGCUGUCAAUGAUGAUGCUGAGAAAGUUGAAUGGAUGAAGCUGUUAAUGGAAGGUGUAAUUGACUCAGAAACAUUAAAUUUAAUAUCACCGGAAACACUAGUUAAAGUAAAUGAUGUUGAAGAUUUUGAAGGAACGAAAAUUUUAGUUAUUCCUGGAUUUUAUGGUUUUGCUGCAAAUGUUUACCGAACUCUAGCAAAACAGAUGAAAUAUCCAGCAUUUAUAUUGCAACUUUUAAAUACAUCUGAAUUCGAACGAAUUGAUGACAUUGUCAAGAGUCUGACUCCAACUAUUCUUGAUAUGUACAAAGACACGGAGAAUUUUAUUCUUAUAGGACAUUCAUUUGGUUCCAUUUUAGCAUUAAAAAUAGCAGAAAUUUUAGAAGAUGAGGGAAAAUCAGGACAAAUCAUUCAACUUGAUGGAUCACCUCAAUUUAUUCAUAGAUUCUCAAUUAAAAUGAUGACUGAAAGGACUAUUGAAGACAUGAGAUCAUCAAUAUCUAUGGUUUUAUUCAAUGUACUGCUUCCAUAUGUAGAUCCAAAUGAUGCUAAAAUUUCAUUUAUGAAGCACGAUAAUUGGGAGUCUAGAACAGAGAAAUUAAUCAAUUUAUCAGCUGAGAAACUUCCGUUCAGCUACGAAUUCAUUAAUCGAAAUGUAACUGUAGCUUAUAUUAAUCGUUUUAACAUCUCACUUCAUAUUAAAGACGAUGCUUUUCCAACACUUAAAAGCACGAAUAUCUCACUCAUCAAAGCCACUAAAUCAUCAAUCAAUGGAAUUCAUAAAGAUUAUGCAUUGUCACGGUACUCAACACAUCCUGUAAAACUUAGUUUUAUUGAUGGUGAUCAUGUCACGAUAUUAAAAAAUCCAGUAUUAAUUUCGAAUAUUGAAGAUAUUUUGUCUUCAACCAAGUUUGCGUAAAUUUGUAUUCAUAAUUUUAAUUAAGGAUUAAAUAAAGCAAAUUGAUCUAAUAUUAAGC